AAAGUCUGGUACCUAAAUCAUAUUGUUUUGUUUUAAUGUAACGUAAGAUUUCCUUUAAGAUCUUUUCAAUUUUGAAAAAGUCUCGAGUUUGUAUUAUUUAUUUAUUUUUGACUUCUUGAGACAGGCUUGUCCAUUGAUUUGUCAUGAAGAGGCUAAUUUUCCCAUGAGCUCAUCCAAUGCUGCUGGGUGUGUUUAUAAUUAAUCUCUCUUUCUAUUGGCCAGUUGUUUUCAAAGCCUUUUUAGGGUUUGAAGGUGCCAACAGGGGUCUCCCUACACUCAGAGCCUAAAUAUUAGACAGAAAACACCAAGGGACCAGAUUUUCAUGUGUGGCCAUUUUGUAUUUUGCCUUCGACUGAGCAAUGUCAUUUUCACAGAUUACACCAACCCUUUUCCUGAGUGGGGCUGAUGCGCCUCUGAAUCAACCACUUGUCACCCGGAAAGGUAUCACACUCAUUGUGAACGUGACCCUGUCCCACACCUGUCCUUUCUACCCAGGUGUGGAAUGUAUACGUGUCGCUGUGUCCGAUCUCCCGAACGCCCGUCUGUGUGAUCAUUUUGAACAUGUGGCAGCUCGAAUCCACAACAACAGGGCUGGAGGAACCCUGGUGCACUGUGUUGCGGGCAUGAGUCGCUCACCUGCUCUGAUUAUGGCCUACCUUAUGAAGUACAAAGGAGUGACCCUGCGGCAGGCGCAUAACUGGGUUAAAGAUAGUCGACCCUAUAUCCGCCUUAAUUCAGGCUUCUGGGCCCAGCUUCUAGAUUAUGAGAAGAAACUAUUUGGGAAGAAUACUGUGAAGGUGGCUGAACCAUUGGAUCCACUUCCAUUGCCCAAAACACCAAGACUGGCUCCUAAGUAUAACAUGAGACAGUUUCCUCCGUCUCCAAGGCUUGGCCGGGUCGGACGAUACACUUCCAUUAUGCUUUAUUCUGCUAAAUGACCAUUGGAGGAAUUACAGCUGCAGUGGACAGGCCCUUUUCAAUCAUAACUUGAAAAACUAUGGAGAGCCAAACCACAAACAUCUCAAAAGGUCCAACUGUCCUGUUUUUCCCCAUUGUUCAGUUUUAACAACUUUUUUUAUUUACCCCUGGUAUCUAAUGUAAUUCAUCAUUCAUGUUUGUUUAUUCUUUUGUUGUUGCUGGCCUUGGCUGGAAUUCCUGGGUUAUGGAGAACAUUUUGACACCUUAUAUGUUACAUUUUUUAACCAACAGAGGACACUGUUGAACCAUCUAGAAAAUCAUGUACGAAACAAAGGGUAAGGAUUGAAUCUAUAUUGAAAAAAGGAUAAAUAUUAACAUUUUUCAUAUGAUUAUGAAUAUGAAAAUUUUUCAUUGUAUUAUAAACCAGCUUUCGAUCAAUGUUAUAAGAACAACAUGCUUGAGUUUGUGAUGUAUAUUGUACUGGGCGUGAACAAGAUAAUUUAUUUUGUAUGGAACCACCUUAAAUAUUUGUUUGACAUUUGAUAGAUCUUCACAUCGAGUGGCUAAUUUUGUAUUUAUUUGCUUUCUUUUUUAAAUCUGACUUUUGAAAAUAUUUCUGUAUCACAGAUUUAGCUGAGUGACACAAGGUGAACAUUUCACUUAGUAAAUACAAUGUCAGAUUAUCUCUCAUCACCCUUCGAAUACCAUUUUAUGCCUCUAAAUCUCAUUUCAGUAAUGUGUGUUUAGUGCUUUUGGCGAUGUUGUGUUGGUGCUGAGUGAGGAGAGAGAAGUUUUAGACAUGCUUCUCUUGAGCGGGGCGAGGGAAUGUGCUGAAAGCUUUGAGACGGUAAAGAGAACAGAAAUGUUUGGGAUGGAAAGGCUCUUAUUUAUCCUGAAAAAUAAAUGUAAUUUUUGUUUGGCCCGUAGCCAUCUU